AUGCCAUCCGAGAAAUGCAAAAUGAUGCGCCAAGUUUUCUUUGGCUCCUUCAGCGCUGUAGCGCCUUAUCCCACAGACGACCGGAUGUGUCGAAUGGUCCAUCAUCAUCAAAACAAUCAAUUACCGUGCACCCGAUGUGAUCAUGAUGCGGCUUUGGCGGAUCGACGAUCAGCUCACAAUGCUCUGGAACGUCAACGACGCGAACAUCUUAACACGAAAUUCCAAGAACUUGCUCAUGCCUUACCAUCUUUACAAAAUAUUCGUCGCCCAAGCAAAACAAUGAUCGUAUCCAAAUCACUCGAUUUUGUUGCUGCAAGCAUCCAUCGCGAAACAAGCUAUAUGGCCGAGAUCCUUCAGCUACGACGACAAAACGAACGACUACGUAAGCAAGCAUCCACGCUUUCACAAUUUCUGAUCCUCGAUGAUCCACUUGCACCACCCUCUUACACAACCAUGCCCGAUGUUUGCUAUCCUUUGACAUCCCCAACAUCAACAGCAAUGACUGAAAAGAACAGCAGCGCACAAUACAUGUGCUAA